UCCCAUCAAAAUGAACACCAAAUUUAUUUUUCUACUUAUCUUUGCUGUUUUUCCUAACUGCACCAAUAUCAUCUGUUCGUAUGCCAUCAACGCUGAGCCUAAAGUAAAUGAACAAGAAUUCGGAAAAGAGAAAAGAUCCCUCGAAGACUAUCAAUGGUCGGAUGAUUAUCUCGUUACGAACAUCAAGAAAGACUUGAACGACGAUGACUAUCGAAAUGGUAAUGCCGAACCAGACAUUGAUGACCAUGAAACUGAAGAUGUAAAAAAUAUGAAGAAAAGGGAGACAGAAGUGAUUACAGAUAUCCGAUCAUUUACUGAUGCGGAUAUUGAACAAGCUUUGUCCAAAUUAAGCGAAGGAGAACUGGAAGUGUUGGAAAAGGUUGUGGACAAUGAGGCAUCGACGUCAACUAUAAAAAAACGGGGCAUUGCGUAUAGUGACUCGGAUAAAAUUUGCGAUCCGCGGUAUGGAUGUAAUAGUAAGCAUUCAGAAGAUCUGGGCGAGCAUAGCUACAAGCAGAUCAUAACUUACGAACAACAACCGGGUGAGCGACACAGGUCGAGCAAAUUAUUCAAGCGAUUCAGUCGAUUCUCACCGCUGACGCGUGAAGAAGUAAUGAAUGCCAGAAUCGACUUUUUGAAAGAUAAUUACAAACGACAAUCGGAAAUAGGUAAAAUUGAAAAUUCCCUCAAAAGGAGAGAACGUUACCAACGUGAGACCGCAAGGGAUGCCGUUCGAAAUCCCUAUUUCAACAGUUUGAUUGGACCGAGAUCCAGAACAAAGCGGUCGGUGGAUGCUAAAUCACCAGCGGUGAAUCCAAUGGACGAUCCGCAAAGUAUUGAACACAUCAAAUUGUUGGAAGAAUCCUUUCCGAAUCCCAGUCCCGACAAUUCGUUGCAUUCGGAUCAAGUACACAUCCGUGUUAAACGAGCCUAAGCUGUGUUUUAGAGAAAAAAAAAUCGUUUUUAAGCUGUAUGGUAACUCCUGUUUGUUGAUUGUUGUAAAACAUUAAUAGGAA